AGGCGUCGGAGAAGAAGCAGUCGAACCCGAUGCGGGAGAUGAAGGUCCAGAAGCUCGUGCUCAACAUCUCCGUCGGCGAGAGCGGUGACCGCCUCACCCGCGCCGCCAAGGUACUGGAGCAGCUGACCAGCCAGUCACCGGUAUUCUCCAAGGCAAGGUACACUGUGAGGUCGUUUGGGAUCCGGCGCAAUGAGAAGAUCGCAUGCUAUGUGACGGUGCGGGGUGAGAAGGCAAUGCAGCUGCUGGAGAGUGGCUUGAAGGUGAAGGAGAACGAGCUGCUGAGGAGGAACUUCAGUGACACUGGUUGCUUUGGAUUUGGUAUCCAAGAGCACAUUGAUCUUGGCAUCAACAAAUUUUGUUUGAUGUGCAGUGACACGACCUUGACAGUCAAGAUGCUCUUUCAGCUAGGCAGAGCAUGUUCUAUUUACAGCAGGCCAGCAGACAACAGGCAGUAAGGUGAUGUAUGAGUCAAUUAUCAGGUGACAAAAUGGUUAUGUUUAAUCAUGCAUGUUUUCUUCCUGACUCUAUGUUUCUUUGAGGCAUUCAACUACUUGUAGUAUCAGUGCAUCACUGAUAUGUAUAUAUGUGUUGAUGUUCGUCAUCCAAGAUCAAAUACAUCCUGCUAGGUCAUUACUUGCUAAUGUGCAUCUGAUUUUGCUGUUGCCAGGAUGGAAAUGUUUUUUGGCAGCUUUCUCAAUGAAUCAGUAUCACCGCAGAACCUUUUUGGACACCCAGAUGUCGAGAGAUGCCCAUUCCUGAGGAAUAUCAAUGGAGCUACAACCUUUUCCCUCUCUUCUGCUUUGCCAGUAGCUGCUCAAGGAGGCAAGGGUCCAAUUUUUGAGGAAGGGUCAGGCUUUGAGUCAGCAUUCAAGCUUUUCCAUGGCCGAGAUGGAAUAGUUCCCCUUUCAGAAAGAUCAUAUGUAUCUGAUGAAAACCACAAUGAGAGCAUUGACGUCAAGUUAUAUACUUAGGCUCAAUUUAGAGUACACUUAUGUAGAGUACACUUAUUUAUAUUGAACCGUCGGAGUUCCUACAUAUGUAUCAAGUUA